AUAAAAACAAGAAAGAAGAAAAGAAGAGGGAAAAUAUCGAGCACUGAGAAAGGAAUACAGCCCUUCUUCGACAUUGCCUCCAGGUAUCACAUUGCGCGUUUGAUUAAAGUUCAGGGACUAAACACGACAUUAGAAUACCCAUUCACUCAGAUUCGGUAAUCAUCAGUUAGUCAUGGCAUCCAAAGAUGCAGACCCGUCACUCGGGUACUUGACUCGCAAAGACACAGAGGUGAAACUCCCUCGACCGACCCGUGUCAAAAACAAAACACCGGCUCCCAUACAGAUUACCGCCGAACAAAUCCUCCGAGAAGCUCGGGAACGACAGGAGGCAGAAAUCCGGCCGCCUAAACAAAAGAUUACCGACCCGACUGAACUAGCUGAUUAUCGCCUCCGCAAGCGCAAGGAAUUUGAAGACCUAAUCCGCCGUGUUCGGUGGAAUACCAGCGUUUGGAUCAAAUACGCCCAGUGGGAAGAGUCCCAAAAGGACUUCAAUCGAGCACGGAGUGUUUGGGAGCGUGCUCUGGAAGUUGAUUACCGAAACCACACUUUAUGGCUGAAAUACGCAGAAGUGGAAAUGAAAAACAAGUUCAUCAACCACGCAAGGAAUGUUUGGGACCGUGCGGUCACGCUUCUUCCACGUGUGGACCAGCUCUGGUACAAGUGUAUCCAUAUGGAAGAGAUGUUAGGGAAUGUCGCUGGAGCUCGCCAGAUUUUCGAACGCUGGAUGUCUUGGAUGCCUGACCAGCAAGGUUGGCUUUCUUACAUUAAGUUUGAGCUUCGUUACAAUGAAGUGGAACGCGCUCGUGCCAUUUAUGAACGGUUUGUUCAGUGCCACCCCAAAGUCGGAGCUUGGAUUAGAUAUGCCAAAUUCGAGAUGAAGAAUGGGGAGAUUGUACGGGCAAGGAACGUUUACGAACGUGCGGUGGAGAAGCUGGCAGAUGAAGAAGAUGCAGAGCAGUUAUUUGUAGCUUUCGCUGAGUUUGAGGAACGAUGUAAGGAAACUGAACGUGCUCGUUGUAUCUACAAGUUCGCUCUUGAUCAUAUACCCAAAGGGAGGGCAGAGGAUUUGUAUAGGAAGUUUGUGGCUUUUGAGAAACAAUAUGGAGAUAAGGAAGGGAUUGAGGAUGCAAUUGUAGGGAAGCGGAGAUUCCAAUAUGAAGAAGAAGUGAGGAAGAAUCCAUUAAAUUAUGAUUCGUGGAUUGAUUAUAUAAGAUUAGAAGAGAACGUAGGGAAUAAAGGGAGGAUUAGGGAGGUUUAUGAGAGGGCUAUUGCUAAUGUUCCUCCAGCUGAGGAGAAGCGGUAUUGGCAAAGAUAUAUUUACUUGUGGAUUAAUUAUGCUUUAUAUGAGGAGCUUGAUGCUGUGGAUAUGGAGCGGACAAGAGAUGUGUACAGGGAAUGCCUUAAGCUUAUUCCCCACGAGAAGUUUUCUUUUGCAAAGAUCUGGCUUCUUGCUGCACAAUUUGAAAUAAGACAACUCAAUCUCAAGGGUGCACGACAAAUUUUGGGAAAUGCCAUUGGAAAAGCUCCUAAAGAUAAGAUCUUUAAGAAGUAUAUUGAAAUUGAGCUGCAACUCGGUAAUAUUGAUCGUUGCCGAAAAUUGUAUGAGAAGUAUCUAGAGUGGGCACCUGAGAAUUGCUAUGCAUGGAGCAAAUAUGCCGAGUUAGAAAGAUCAUUAUCUGAAACAGAGCGGGCAAGAGCUAUUUUUGAGCUUGCCAUCACACAACCAGCUUUGGACAUGCCAGAGUUAUUGUGGAAGGCAUACAUAGAUUUUGAAAUUUCUGAAGGUGAAUAUGAACGAACCAGAGGAUUGUACGAGAGACUUUUGGAUCGUACAAAACACUUGAAGGUGUGGAUUAGUUAUGCCAAGUUUGAAGCCUCUGCAAUGGAGGAGACUGAUGUGGAUUCGGACAUGCCAGAAGAUGGGGUUCGGGAACAUGAAUCAAAGAAGGGAUGUGUUCAGCGUGCAAGAAGAGUUUUUGAAAGAGCAAUCAACUACUAUAGAACGUCGGCAGCAGAAUUGAAAGAAGAGCGUGCUAUGCUCCUGGAAGAGUGGCUUAACAUGGAAAGCAGUUUUGGAGAGCUUGGCGACGUUAGUGUAGUCCAGUCCAAGUUACCCAAGAAACUCAAAAAGAGGAAGCAAAUUACAAGUGAAGAUGGUGGUGUUUCCGGCUAUGAAGAAUAUAUUGAUUAUGUAUUCCCCGAAGAAAACCAGGCGACGAACCUCAAGAUUUUAGAAGCCGCUUAUAAAUGGAAGAAACAGAAGCUUUCUACCGACGAUGAAUAGGAUAAUACUUGUGUUGCAACUCCAAAUGUAAAUUACAAAGCACCUGCCACAGCUUAAUUGCAUGAUUCUUGAAUGCCUGGAUUUUUGUUCUGCUGUAUUUGUGUUUUGGAAAACAAGCUGUUUAAGGGAAGUUGACAUUGGAGAACUUUUAUCAUGUGGAACCAGUUAUUGUUCGUUAAGGAAUAUUAUGUUACUCGAAUUAAGAGAUUUUGUUAUA